AUGACCAGAAACCAUUUCCAGGAGAAGCUUUCCAAAAUUAAUCAGAAUAUUCUCUACCAUAAAGAUAUCAUUGACAGCCCAAGGCACCUGACAACAAAGACUGUAAAGCGGCAAAGCGGGCUUACAGAUAAACUCCAGCUGGCGCUGGGGCUCGGGCACCCGCCGGGGCUGCAAUACAGCCUGAGGCAGCUCUGGGACGGCCAACCGUGGGACGGAAAACCGGCCGCGGGCUCCGUUUGGUUCAGACAAACCUCGCUGCAGGCGGAGCUCGUUCAGACCGCUCUGUUUGCUGAAACACAAGCACGCAGAGCCAUCCCGGAGACGCUGACACGUCUCCGACAGCGCCCCGCUGUCGUCUCACCGACCCGCUCCCGGCCCUUCGCCUCAGCGGCACCGGCCGCUUCAGGGCGGAUCCCAGCGGGCACCUGCAGCGUCCCGCCCGGAGCGAAAAGAGCACACCUGAGGAACGCGGCUCUCUCCCACAUCUCGCAGCACCGAGGUUUUACACGGAAUAAGGGCCGGGCAGCGGGACUGUGUUUUUACAAAGCGAAAUGCCGGUCGGCAUUUAACGCGGAAGACCGCUCCGGCCUAAACACGCGAGGCGGAGGGACGCCUGGCCGCGCAGACGGGACGCGCGGCAGGACGGCGCCUGCUGUAACAACACGGGAGAACUGGGUGCUAAAAGUUCCAGAGCGCCGGCGUGCCGCGGGUGACGUUCACGUCCUGUGUGUCUGCUACCGCACGUGUGCGGGGCUGCGAGUCACCCGAACGAGGCUGGUGCUUAACCACUGUAGCCACAAGACACGGAAUCACAGCUCUCUUUAG